CAUUGCCAAAGAAGAAAGGUGCGUCUGUGUGUGUGCAUGGGUUUCGUGGCAUGUGAGGCAAGCCAAUUAAAGUAUGAAACUGGGCUCAACUAAAUGUAUAAAAAGAAGCGCUGUCGUCAUUUAGGUACAUGCAAUACCCAACCUCAAGACCAACAUCAACCUACCUGUCUGAUCGAACAAAAUGAGCUCGAUGUCACAAAACACUCAUCAAUCAAUUCACGGACAACUGGAAUACAGGUCGAUCUAAGGAACUGUCACCCUAUUUCUCCAGACUUCCCCCGGACAGAGCGUUUUGUGGGAGAUCUUAAUCCGGAAGCCGUGAUUCGGGAAAGACUGGACGUCUCAUGUGAAAGUCAGCUUCGAGACCGGAUUGGACUCUGGAUCAGCUCACCGGCUACAUACAGCAAUGCAGAAGGCGGAGGAACAGUCGCUGAUGUAGAUAAUGCUGCCCCAGGAGAUCCUUCUGAACCUCUCGGCCCACAAUCUGUUGCAAAAUUAUUACACCAGCGGUAUGCAGCUGCCAUGAAAACUUGUGAACGUCUCCCUCUUUCGACCCGAGAUCACUUGAUUCCCAUUUAUUUCUCCAGGGUCAACCAUAUUUUACCACUUGUCGAUAAGGGUUCAUUCCUUCUUGCCUACUCUGGGGGAAUGACAUCAGCGUUUCUGGAGAGGGCUAUAUGCCUCGUUGCUGCGAAAGACCGAACGGCCUAUCCUUGGCUUCGGUUGGCCACAAGUGGGCCCGUCAUGACGCCACGCCAGUUCUGCUCUGAAUUGUACAGGGGCCUAGUAGUCGCUCUCAAUGAAGGGCUUGAAACUGAUCGAGUUACUCGUAUCCGCACCUUAGCGCUGAUGUCCUUGCAUUGUGAGGGCUAUGAAGGGGCAGAAGCGGCCUCCAUGCACCUUUGUCAGGCGAUUCACCAAGCUCAGACGGUCGGCCUGCAUCUUGACCGUCCUGGCCAAGUACCAGGGGACUCAUUAACAGGCCUUUUUUGGUGCUUGUGGACAUUAGACAAGAUGCAUGCUUGCAUAGGCGGUCGCCCUGUUCUUCUCGCAGACCGUGACAUUGGUAUUGAGAAGCCCGGGUUAAAACCCUCCCAUGCGAGGACUGCAUUUGAUGCUUGGUUUGCAAUUUCCGAUUUACUGGCCCAUGUGAUUUCAUUCUAUAGGCCAACUUCGGAUCAUACGGUCGGGUGGGAGGCCGGGUUUCCAACCUUCGAAGAAAUUAUGGGCGAUGAUGUUCGCGAGGAUCUGGACUUUGCUACUCUUGGCUUCCUCGAGCUUUUUUACCAUGCCGUUGCCAUCCUUUCAUGUAGAUGCAAAUUAACCGGUCGCCCUGAUGGCUCCAAACCUUCGUAUAUACGGCAGGGUCUUUCUGCUAUUCGAAUACACUCCAUCAUAUCCACCGAAUGCUCCCAGGAUCUCCCUCCAAUUCCCAUUGUUCCAUAUGCGCUCACACUAUCUAUGGGUGUGUCAUAUCAGCAGUUCCGCUCGAGCAAGCUUAUCACCCAUUUCGAUCGGGCCAAAGCUGCUUUGGAAGCUUGCUGUACGCUUCUGGAAGCCUUAGGGAUUUCCUGGUGUUCUGCAGAAGCAAUGGCACGGCUAGGGCGAAAAGCCCUACACCAGAUUGAUGGGUUGAAUCUUGGUACUCACAAACCCAGACAAGCUCCCAGGCAGUCGCCAACGCCCAGCAACACGCUCAUUAACCCCACAAACGCACAAAGUGCUGCGUCAGUAUUACCACUCUCAUCUUAUCAGAGUGAUGACCAUCUAUUUAAUGACGUGUCUGCUACCAAGCAAAUGUCCUCAACUCACGGGUCACUGGACCCUCCAGAAAAUAACAUGCAAGUUUAUGAGACUGAUGGUUUCGCCGAUAUCGACGUGCUCUUUGGUGACUUCUUAGAUUUGUCGUUACCUACAAACUUCUGGGACCCGGUUUUCUUGCCCUGACUAGCAGCAUACAAGAACGUGAUGUUACUGAUAGAGAAAGCAUGUGGAAAGGGCUGCACCAAAAGUGUUACUCUUAGGAAGUCUUCCUGGAAGGACGAUUUUACGAUUUCUCAUUCGCAGGAAAGACUUUCGGACCAGAGGCAAUGCCGAUCAUCAUUAGCGCCUGGGUCUGAGGCUUCCCUUGCUGUUUCAGUGUUUCCCAGCGAUAGGUGGUUGCCUAUCCCGAUACGAACUUCACUUGCCUUAUACUGCCUUAAAGAUAUUUCGAAGAGGCCAUAAAGCCCCUUGUUGGUAAAUUAAUUUCAAUACCUGUACUCCAUGCACCGUCCAUGGAGUUCCCGGGCGUCCAUUAUCGUUGUUUCCGGUCGGCAAUUCACCCAGUUUAAAUACGAAUCAUGGUGCGGGUCAACGGCAAUUGACUAAGACUUCUUGAGGAUAGGGAGUCGGGAACCCAGGAGCAGA